AUGUCUGAAACCAUUCGACAGUCUAGAGAUGAGCUAAUACAAUCUUUGCAUGUUGGAAUGUCAGACUUUUCAGUUGUUGACAAAACAAUACAAGUGAUCCAAUUCUUCGAAGUCGACCCCCUUAUGCUGGAAAGGGAGCUGCCUGCACUAAUAUCAAAACUAUCAUCGCAUUAUCUUUCUGCAGAAGAAGAUACCCAACUUAAGAUAUCGCGAAUCUACUAUCAAUUUGCUAAGAUCUUUCUAAACAGAAGAGUACGAGUACACAUCCCGGUUAAUAUCUAUGAUCUCAAACCGGUUUUACAAUUACUGACAAGAAAGGAUAACUGGUACUGCGAAUACUUCUUGAUGUCGUGGCUCACCAUGCUAGUUAUGUCACCAUUUAAGUUUGAUAAUGAUACCGAUAUCAUGAAAGCGGUAGCUAAGUUUGAUAAUGUGGCAUUGAUCAAACCAUUGCAAUCAAUGGUGAAAGCAGAACUGUGGUCAAGAAAUGAAAGGCUUUAUGUAUUACCAGAUGAUUUAAUGCAAAUGGAUAUCAUUGAUCUUAAUUAUUUCUUGAAGAUGUUGAAACAUAAAUCGAAAUACCCUUUCACUACUGAACAAUUGACAGGAAUGACGGAACAUAUCACGUCUUUGACCUCCUUUAAUAACGAAUUAGAAGGUCUCUAUUUAUUAAAACUUCUUCCAAAGCUAACUAUCUUGUUGGCAGACUCAGAAGAGACCUGGCAAUGUAUUUAUGAUAUCAUAUUUUGGUUAACUUCAUCAAUAAAUCUAUCCUUCACAGAUCUUAGGUUUAAAUUGGCCAAAACUGUCUCUAAAAUAGUCCUUUUCAUAUCUAACUCAAAUCCAACAUCUGCAGAAAUGAUAGUUGAAGACUGCGUUGAAGAUACGGAAAAAAUGAUACAGACUAACACAAAUGAUUCUAUGGAUGCUGAACGAUUGCAUACGCUUUUAUUAGUGCUCGCAGAGUUUUGUCGGAACAAGCUAUUGACCGUAAGUCAAAUCGAGGCAUUUACAUCUAAUAUACUCCCAACUGUUAGCAAAUUUCAACAAAAGAGAAUGAUGAGUACUCAAGGACAUCAAAUUAGGGACGCAGGCAACUUUUUCUGUUGGAGUUUAUCAAGAGAUUAUACAAAUAUCCCGUUACCUUGUUUAGAGGAAAUGUUUUUAAGCUUGCUAUUUACGGCUAAUUUCGAUCACUCUCCUCUAAUUAGAAAAUCUGCAAUGGCUGCCUUACAGGAAUGUUUGGGAAGGCAAGGAAAUAAAUUCUUAGAUAAUGUGGUUGUGGUCAGACUUGUAGAAAUUCAUCUAGGACAAUUAUCGAACGCAAGGCUUCUGUACCAACUUUUCAAGGACAAGUACUCUCAAUAUUGUGAGAAAAUGGUGGAGUGGCUCGUGUUAUUCACAAUAGGCAAAGAUUAUGAAUUUCAAUUGGUAAAGUCAACUACAGAUCUUCUUUCAACUAUGAUAUCAGAGUUUAAAGACGAUGAAUUCAAUAAAUUAGUCAAUAAAUUCAACUUAAAAUUGGCCGAGUUAGGAUUGCGGAAUCGCGAUACAGACAUAUGUGCAAGAUCUUCCUAUUUGAAUUUCAAAAUUGGAUGUCAAACGUUAACAAUUCAAAAAGAUAUUCUUGACGUAUUACAUAAAUACAGUAUUCCAAAGGUUUGGAACGAACAGGUAUCUUUCCAAGCCCUUUCUGAGCUAUAUGGUUUACUAUCACUGGCAAAAAGAGGCCAUCCCCUUUCAAAAGAUCUAGCAGAAAGAGUGUUCAUGAUAGUAAGGAACGUGAAAUCUAAUGAUUAUAACCACCAAGAUAUAUCCAAUCUAUUCAAUGAACUAGUGUUCCAUAUCUCCAAACACGAUGAAUGCUUUUUAGAUGAUGAGACAAAGCAAUUCUUUUGGAAGACGUUUGAUAAUCUUUUCAAAUUUGAACAGCCUCUUGUCUGUUCUGCAGCACCAUUCUUGUACGAACACCAAUUCAUUUCCCUCUUCUAUGAUGUUGUACCGAAAAUUUCGUGUGAAUUCAAAGGUAAAAUGAUUAAUUCACUCUCGGAGGCCCUUCCAUCUUAUGAAAUUAACGACGAUUUAAAACAGUUUUUAAAAGAUGUUCUAUUAUUCUUGGAAGAUUAUACCACAACAAACCAGGGAGAUGUCGGAAGAAUUACGAGACUUUCCACCAUAAAUUUAAUUGCCAAGCAUAUGGAGUUGUUCCAGGAUGCAGCUUUCAGCGAAAUUCUCCAGGUCAAUUUGCUAAGAUUAAUGGGAGAACCUGCUACAGAAUUGAGAGAAAAGUCAUUUGAAUUACUGUGUAGGUUUGAAAAUGUCCAUUUCCCAGAUAUGCCCUUUGAUUCUAAAAUUAUUGCGCUGUAUCAUAACUUCUACAAAUGGAACAGGGAGUUUUGGAAAGGAUAUUUCUUUUCUGCAGGCGCUAUACACUCGACAGAUAAACAAAUUUCAUCAGCUGUUGAUCAAUUGAUGGCUUACUAUAUAACUCUUGAUGAAGAGGAAAGAUUAAGAACUGUCAAUGAAUUUGUUCGUAUAAUUCCUUCUGCUAGUGAAUUAAAGGAACUCCAGGAAAAUAACUCCAAAAAGAAUCUAGUGGGUGCCAUACGAAAGGAUGGAACAAAAACCAUAUUGACAUUUAUGAAUGGCUGGUGUAGACUGUUAGAAUCUGGACUGGAGUUACCUAAUGAUUUCUCCAGUGGGGGAUUUUUCGCCCGGGUUUACAAUUUACAGCUAGCUGCUAAAUCUGUUUCAAUAACCACAUAUUCUUUCAAACUUCUUACAUCACUAGUUUGCAAUCAACUGUUGAAUGAGACACAAGCUUCUAAACAGUUAGCUAACAGUUUGAUAGGUAUUUUCUUAAAGGGUUUUACUAAAAUGAAGCACAAAACCACUUUUUCAAAUACCCAAAAGGUUGCUUUAGAGUUACUUAUCCAGAUUUACAUGUGUUCUAAUAAAACAGAGAGUAUUGCUUUGUUGAAGGAUAACUCCGAAUCACCACAGCAGUUGUGCACUCUAGACCACACUUUGCUCUUUCUCUAA